AUGAAUACCCGCCCGCCCAUAGAAACGGCACCCUCUACUGUGGUGUUGUCCGCGUCGUUCAACAGUGAUGCUAGCUGCUUCUCUGUUGGUCUCAACUCGGGGAUAUGCAUCUUCCAUACCAAAUCGUGCCUCCUGAAGGCGUCCAGAGACUUCAAUGCCGGCAUCGGUCUUGUCGAGAUGAUGGGGACGACAAACUACCUCGCCCUCGUCGGUGGCGGCAGGCAACCCAAGUUCAGCACCAGCAAAACCAUCAUCUGGGACGACAUGAAAGGAAGAGUUGCAUUAGAAAUUGCCUCUCUAACUCCGGUGCGCGGCGUCCGCAUCGGCCGCAACCGGAUCGUCGUUGCGCUUCAGAACAGCGUCCGCGUCUACUCCUUUGCGAAGCCGCCCGACCUCCAGUCAGUGUAUGAGACCACUGACAACCCACUUGGUCUUGUCGCCAUGUCGGACAAGACGAUUGCGUUCCCAGGCAGAACGGUAGGCCAGAUCCAACUUGUCGACCUUGGUACUGGGAAUGUCAGCAUUAUCCCGGCUCACUCAUCUGCCCUCCGAGCCAUACAAGUGAGCCCGGAUGGCGAGCUGUUGGCUACAGCAAGUGAAAUGGGCACUCUAAUCAGAGUGUUCGCAACCAGCAACUGUGCCCGCUUGGCCGAGCUAAGACGCGGCGUCGAUCCGGCGACCAUCUUCUCUCUCGGCUUCAGCCCCGAAGGCACGAAGCUGGCUUGCACAUCAGACAAGUCCACCCUGCACGUGUUCGACGUUCCACAUCCCAAGAAGCCCGCGGUCGCGCCAGCUAGCCCAACAUCAUCGCAGAUGGGGGGAUCCGGUAUCCUCGCGGGCCGACCAGCCGAUGACGGCAAGGGGCGGUGGGGUUUCUUGGGGAAGAUACCUCUAAUGCCGCGCAUGUUUUCGGACGUAUACUCGUUUGCCUCUGCGCCAUUCGAGGCUGGCGAUGACCCCUUGAUCGGCGGGCUGCCCCUGUCAGACCAGACGACGCUCGGAACGACAAGACCUCAAAAGGGCGUUAUCGGGUGGGUCACUGAAGAUAGUCUGGUUGUGAUUGGCGCCGGACAGGACGCCAGGUGGGAGAAGUUUGUAAUAUCCACAGGGCAAGACGGACGCCGAUACGUUGUGAGAGAAGGCUGGAAGAGGUAUUUGGGUGGCGCAUAA